AUGGAGACCAAAGGCUACCACAGUCUCCCUGAAGGUCUAGAAAUGGAAAGACGGUGGGGUCAAGUUUCUCAGCCUGCAGAGCGUCCUGCCCUGGGACCCGUACCCGCGGAGCAGCCGGGUGAGAGUAACUACAUGGAGAUCGUCAACGUGAGCUGUGUCUCCGGUGCUAUUCCAAACAGCAGUACUCAAGGAAGCAGCAAAGAAAAGCACGAACUAUUCCCUUGCCUCCAGCAAGACAACAGUCGGUCCGGGAUUUUACCAUCUGAUAUAAAAACCGAGCUGGAAUCAAAAGAACUUUCAGCCACGGUGGCCGAGUCCAUGGGCUUGUACAUGGAUUCCGUGAGAGAGGCCGACUACGCCUAUGAUCAGCAGAACCCCCAGGGAAGCGGGAGUCCAGCAAAGAUGCAUCAAAACGUCGAACAGCUUGUGAAAUUCUACAAAGAGAAUGGCCACCGUCCUUCCACGCUGGGGGCUGCGAGCCGGCCCCUGCGGUCCUUCCUGCCCGACUCUGGGGGCUCUGUUAACGGCGGAGUCAUGCGCAACGUGGUGAAGAGCCCCAUCCUGGGGCACGAGAAGGGCCCGGCGGUUUGCAGCCCUCUGACCCUGUCAUCCUCGGGCUGCAGCCCCGCCAGCAUCAGCUGCGUGUCCUCCACUUCAGCCAGCUUCGGCAGUUUCCCCGUGCACAGCCCCAUCGCCCAGGGCACCCCUCUGCCGUGUUCCCCCAAUGUGGAGACGCGGGGCUCCAGGUCUCACAGCCCAGCGCAUGCCAGCAACGUGGGCUCACCUCUCUCCAGUCCAUUGAGUAGCAUGAAAUCCCCGAUUUCCAGCCCCCCGAGUCACUGCAGUGUGAAGUCUCCGGUCUCCAGUCCUAAUAACGUCACUCUGCGAUCCUGCGUAUCCAGCCCUGCAAACAUCAACAACUCAAGGUGCUCCGUUUCCAGCCCUUCCAACACAAACAACAGAUCCACCCUGUCCAGCCCGGCCGCUAGUACUGUGGGGUCUAUCUGUAGCCCCGGAAGCACCGCCUUCAGCUACACUGCUUCGGGCACCCCAGUGGGGGCCAGCGCAGCCCGAGAUGUGGUUCCCAGUCCAGACACCCAGGAGAAAGGUGCUCAAGAGGUCCCCUUUCCUAAGACUGAGGAGACGGAGAACGCCAUCUCCCAUGGUGUGGCUGGCCAGCUUAACAUCGUCCAGUACAUAAAGCCGGAGCCAGACGGAGCCUUCAGCAGCUCAUGUCUGGGAGGAAACAGCAAAAUAAAUUCUGAUUCCCCCUUCUCAGUACCAAUAAAACAAGAGUCAACCAAGCACUCAUGUUCCGGCACCUCUUUUAAAGGGAAUCCAGCAAUCAACCCCUUUCCAUUCAUGGAUAGCUCAUACUUUUCCUUUAUGGAUGACAAAGACUAUUAUUCUCUAUCAGGAAUUUUAGGACCACCUGUGCCAGGCUUCGAUGGUAACUGUGAAGGCAGCGGGUUCCCCAUGGGGAUAAAACAAGAACCGGAUGAUGGGAGCUUCUACCCAGAGGCCAGCAUCCCUCCAUCUGCCAUCGUUGGCGUGAAUUCAGGUGGACAGUCCUUUCACUAUAGGAUUGGUGCUCAAGGUACAAUAUCUUUAUCACGAUCAGCUAGAGACCAAUCUUUCCAACACCUGAGUUCCUUCCCUCCGGUCAAUACCUUGGUGGAGUCGUGGAAAUCACACAGUGACCUGUCAUCGAGAAGAAGUGAUGGAUAUCCAGUCCUAGAAUACAUUCCAGAAAACGUAUCAAGCUCUACUUUACGAAGUGUUUCUACUGGAUCCUCAAGACCUUCCAAAAUAUGUUUGGUGUGUGGGGAUGAGGCUUCAGGAUGUCAUUAUGGGGUAGUAACCUGUGGCAGCUGCAAAGUGUUCUUCAAAAGAGCAGUGGAAGGGCAACACAACUAUUUGUGUGCGGGAAGAAAUGACUGCAUAAUUGAUAAGAUUCGGCGGAAGAAUUGUCCUGCCUGCAGACUUCAGAAGUGUCUUCAAGCUGGAAUGAAUUUAGGAGCUCGGAAGUCCAAGAAGUUGGGGAAGUUAAAAGGGAUUCACGAGGAGCAGGCGCAGCAGCCCCCACCCCCGCCCCCGCCCCCCCAGAGCCCCGAGGAAGGCACUACGUACAUCGCGCCUGCGCAGGAGCCCGCGGUCAACUCGGCGCUGGUCCCGCAGCUCUCCACCAUCUCCCGAGCGCUCACUCCUUCCCCUUCGAUGAUCCUUGAAACCAUCGAGCCCGAGAUUGUAUAUGCAGGCUAUGACGGCUCCAAGCCGGAUACGGCCGAAAACCUGCUCUCCACCCUCAACCGCUUAGCCGGCAAGCAGAUGAUCCAAGUUGUGAAGUGGGCGAAGGUACUUCCAGGAUUUAAAAACCUGCCUCUUGAGGACCAAAUAACCCUCAUCCAGUAUUCUUGGAUGUGUCUGUCGUCAUUUGCCUUGAGCUGGAGAUCGUACAAACAUACGAACAGCCAGUAUCUCUAUUUUGCACCAGACCUAGUCUUUAAUGAAGAGAAGAUGCACCAGUCUGCCAUGUAUGAGCUCUGCCAGGGGAUGCACCAGAUCAGCCUUCAGUUCGUCCGGCUGCAGCUCACCUUCGAGGAAUACACCGUAAUGAAAGUGUUGCUGCUGCUGAGCACAAUUCCAAAGGAUGGCCUCAAAAGCCAGGCUGCGUUUGAAGAAAUGAGGACAAAUUACAUCAAGGAGCUGAGAAAGAUGGUAACGAAGUGUCCCAACAAUUCUGGGCAGAGCUGGCAGAGGUUCUACCAACUGACCAAGCUUCUGGACUCCAUGCAUGACCUGGUGAGCGACUUGUUGGAAUUUUGCUUCUAUACCUUCCGGGAGUCCCAGGCCCUGAAAGUGGAGUUCCCAGCGAUGCUGGUGGAGAUCAUCAGUGACCAGCUGCCAAAGGUGGAGUCUGGGAAUGCCAAGACCCUUUACUUUCACAGGAAGUGA